AUGGAGGAAAAACACCAAAUAGCGGCCGCUUUGCCAAUGAUGGAUUUUAAGGCUACAAAUUUAGCAAAAGAGUGGAAGACAUGGCACACAAAGUUUAAAAUAUUUUUAAGAGCGUCAAAUCUUGAAACAGAGCCUGACAAACGAAAGGUUGCGUUGCUAUUACAUCAUCUUGGAAGUCAGUCGCUGGAAAUUUUUAAUUCCUUUGAUAUGGAUAUUGAUACAGUUACGUAUGAAGACUUAGUGCGAAUGUUGGGAUCCCAUUUUACGCCAAAAGCAAAUAUUGUAAUGGAACGGCACAGGUUCUUCACUUGUAAACAACAAGACAACCAAACAAUUGAUGAAUAUGUAACAAUUUUAAGAAACUUGAGUUUAAAUUGUGAAUUUGGAGACUUGAAAAAUGAUUUGGUCCGUGAUAUAUUUAUAUGUGGAUUAUCACAAAAACAUUAUAAUAUAAAAGAGCGGCUUUUAACAGAGGAUAAAAUUAACCUAGAAAAAUCAAUUGAAAUAGCUAACAAUAUAGUUUUGGCUAAAUCAAAUGCGGCUAUGUUACAAGAGGAUGGUUUUAUGGAAGGAAGUAUUAAUGCCAUGAGUAAAAAAUCAGGAAGAAUGUACGGCUACAAUUCCAACAAUACCAAAAGUGAGAGCGGGAAAUGUAAAAAAUGCGGCCAAAGUCAUAAAUAUAAUUGCCCAGCCGAAGGAGCUAAAUGUUUUAAAUGCGGAAAAUUGAAUCACUUCGCUCGAGUGUGUAUUAAUCGGAGAAAAUUUGUUAAGCAGAUGCAGGCAGAAGAAGAGGCGAAUGAUGGUGAUGAUGAUGAUCAAAAUAGCGAUUUAUUUGUUGGAGUGCUGAAUAAAAGGGGCAAGUCAUCUACUGAGUGGAACGUUCAUGCAGUGAUAAACGAUAAAAUGAUACAAUGUCAGGUAGAUACGGGUGCGCAGGCGAACAUAAUGUCGGUGGAUACGGCUGGUAUGCUGAAAAUCAAAGAUAAGCUGAAGAAAA